AAUGUCCAGCGUGAUUUCUUUGAUCAUCUCAAGGUCAACAGGAGUGGACGACACGACCUUCAAGGAACUCAACUCUCUCAACGGUUUUCAACCCAGCGGGCAUGUCACUGAACAUCUUAGAGAUAACCAGACAGCAAAUGGCAUAAUUGACAAUAACGGUGUUUCAUACUUGAGCCUGGUUUGGGAAUACCCGGAUUCAACAAAUGCCGGCCUCUACAGGUGUGAGGCUAAUGGGGUGGAUGACGCAGGACAUCCGGUUUCUAUAAAUAGCACGGUUUUUGUAUCGUCUUCUUACCCAGACGUUAGUGUUUUGGUUAGUGAGCUCAAGAAAAUGAAUAGCGUUAUAGAACUUUUCAACCAAACAAUGACCACCAAAUUAGAAGACCUUAAUCAGGCUUUUCGUGCUGUUAACGUUUAUCAUCAAACAUGGGACACUCGAAUGGAGUUUGCUAAGAAAUUUAUAUUUAAAAAUUGGACAGUAUUUAACAAUCAUCAAUACCUUUUAUCAUAUCCUCGGAGUAUAAUAAAUAUUGAAGAUUUUCAAGCCGUUUGUGAGGUGUUUGGAGGCUAUUUGGUUGAAAUUGAUUCAAUAGCCGAGUUUACAUAUUUACACAAUUUUAUCUCGAGUUUUUCCGAAUUUUUAUCUGUAAAGACAGGAGCAACGGAUGAAGCUGAAGAGAACCACUGGGUAUACUUACACAGUGGUACAGUUUUCAAUGAUAUCCAAUGGGCGCAAGAUCAACCCAAUGAAGGGCGUCUUAACAACUGCAUGAGCUUUCAUCGACUAAGAAAUUGGUACCUAACGGACGAUCCAUGUCAUGCUGUGACACAAACAUUUGAAAAUGGGUUCAUUUGUGAGAUACCUCAUUAA